AGACAUUACUGAGCGUUACAUUCUUGGGCAGAGGAGGGGACGAGACGAGGAGAGCAGAGGAGAGCAGAGGGAUGACGGAACGAAGUCGAGCGCAUGUGCGGUACGCGGCUGUGCCAUCGCGGGAAGAAGCGGGCGCGGACGAGGAUGGGGCGCGAAUGGGGCGCGGGCGCGGCGACGAGGCCGAGGAGAAGGAGGAUUUGAGGUUCAAUUAUGUGAUUCCGGACGAAGUGCCGUUCAAGUCGAUCGCGCUGGCGAUCUUCCUGCUCGCGCUCGGAUCUUUCUUCCUAUCGAUUUCGCACUUCCUCUUCUCGGGCCACAUGCCCGGCGAUUCUUCGCAAGCGUACGGGUUCCUCUUUCUGGGAGUUCUCGUGUUUCUGCCAGGUUUUUAUGAGACCAGGAUCGCCUACUACUCCUGGCGGGGCUUCAAUGGAUACUCGUUUUCCAAAAUCCCUGCCUAUUAGUUGAGUUGGCGGUAUCAAACUCAGACAGUUCUUUCGUUGGUUAUUCGCAUUCCUGUCGUUUGCUAAGACCUGCGAUCAUAUGUGUACCUUCAAAUUGUGGGUUUUAGGGCGGAUACACUCUAAUUCCAAGGGGUGAAUUUGAGUUUGCUCCUCGAAGCUGAACGGCCUUUCAAUUAGCCUUUCAAAUAUUCAGGAGCUCAUGUCAUCCAGAACUUCUUCUGGUUUCCUGUAGAUGCAAUUCCCCGCUCCACUUUCUUACUGUAGAUACCUGAGAGGAAACUCUAUGGCAGAUAUUUGAACUAAUAAUAAACUAUUCGUAUAAAUUUUCGGAGUUUAGCAGAGACAAGGCUAGUCAUUCGCUGCUGGGUGGGUUUGUAAAUCUUUGGUCUAAGCAGAAAGGGCGGAUCCCAGAUGCUGAUAUAUGGGCUUGUUGGUGAACUUUCCAAGUACUGAAACAUGUGUCUACCAGAGUGUCCAUUCUGUCUCUAAAGUGAUAUUCUCUUCUAAGUCUCUACCCAGGAAUCAGACACAAGAGCUGCCGUCCUUCAUUGCAGUGUGAAGUUCAAUCCCAUAGCUUCGCACAUGCUGUAUUCAGGAUGGGUUCGUCCAAUUCAGUUCCACCGCGUGUUCAGUUUUCCUUGCCAGCCUCCAUUUUUGCUAGUUCAACGAAGUACCUUUGAAGUUAUUAAAUGUGUAAUUUGUACACGGAGCCUGGGACUGGCGAACAAACAACACUAG